AUGAAGGUUGCUGCAGCAGCAGACAUGCGCGGUCGCAGCUGCCCGCCUCCAGAAGUGGCUCCAGCAACUGAGGCGGAAGUGAAGAAGGAGAUAGAGCGGCAGCAGCACCUGUCACACACCUCCAUCCCAGCAGCCACUGCCCACGGACAGCCUGUAUCCUUGCCUGCAACACCGCUUGCUCCACACAUCGGUGAACGACCUUCAUCACUGCAGGGUACUGCUGCAUGUGCUGCGGCUGCAGAGGCCCCUCAGCAAGCAGCAGCAGCAGCAACAGCAGCAGCAACAGCAGCAGCAGCCAGUCGACCUGCUGCAGCAGCUGCAUUUGCAGCAGCAGCAGCUGCGGCUUCAGCAACCUCCAGAAUGCAGUCGAAGCAGCUGCAGCAGAGACACAGGCAGCGGCAGCAGAGACACAGGCAGCGGCAGCAGAGACACAGGCCGCAGUUGCAAGCAGAGUCGCAGAUCCUCCCCGCACGGCAGCAGCUGAAUGAAGCGGAGGAAGAGCUUAUGCGGCUAGUAGACGUCCCUGAAGUGGAGAGGUGGAUUUGCGGUGCUCAGAUCCAAACGCUGCAGCAGCAGCAGCAGCAGCAGCAGCAUGUAUGCCGUCUAGAGCAACAGGAGCACGUGCAGCAGCUGCUGCGAGCUACGAAGACCUCUCAAAACCAGCUUCACCAGCAGCCACAGGAGUCAGAUCAGCGCGAGCAGCAGCCAGCUGAAGACAGCAGAGGCAAAGAAGCCUUCGCACGACGCAGCAGCAGCACCAUGAGCAGUGGAACUACAGCUGCAACCAGCAGCUGUAUUAGCACAGGUGCCCGUAACAGCACCAGCAGCACGUUGACAGGAGUUGCUGCUUCCUUGCCUUCGGCUGCUGCCUACUCUCAGUAUGCAGUCAAGAAUGCCAGCAGCAGUUCCGUCGCCAGCAGCGGGGAGGGCUCAGGGGAGGCGGAGGUGCUGCCCGUAAUAGUGGAUCUGAGGCUUGGCAGGCAUCCCACGCCGGUCGGAGCUCCUGUUUCACCGCACGUCGCUGCUCAUACAGCAGCAGCAGCAGAUGCCGCCUCUGUGCGUCAAUUCGUCGGCUCCCCCCCGCAGCAUGCAGCCGUGCUGUCAGGCCGUAGCCAGAGCCACGCGGCAGACACGAGCGGCAGCAGCAGCCUCAACACCCUCGCCGGCAGCAGCAGCUGCAGCAACAUCGGCGGCAGCAGACCGCGCCCCUCGCUCUCUCUCCCGUCUCUGCAGCAGCGCAUGCAGAAGACGAAGAUGUGCAGGUUCCACUUGCAAGGCUGCUGCAGCAAGGGGCCUCUCUGCGUCUUCGCGCACGACGCAAGGGAACUGCGAGAGAGGCCGAACCUCAUUCGCACGCGACUGUGCCCCUACAUGACGAGGACGGCGAGCGAUCGCGCCACCGGGAGCGAGCAGCAGCAGCAAGGACCCCUUUCUUGCAGCAAGGGAGACGCGUGCAAGUUCGCGCACUCCGUGGAGGAGCUCCGCUCGACUCCCGAAUUCUUCAAGACGGCGGUGUGUCCUCUGCAUGCAGCGGGGGGCCCCAAGGCGUGCCCUUCGGGAGCCGCCUGCCGCUUCGCCCACGGAGAAGCGGAGCUGCGACCAAGACCGCAUGCAGGCUCCUUUCCCAGUGCUGCGCCUGCAGUCUUGGCGGGAGCGGCGGGAGGGGGCAGGGGAGGCAGCGCUGCGAUAGAGGCCUCUAGGAGGGCGACGUGGGGGGGAGGGGGAGGAGCCUUAGGCGCUCUGCCCUGCCCUCCUCCUGGCUUCGGUGUCUGUGGCGAGGCGGUCUUCUCGAGGAGCGGAGGCGGCGGCGAGCUGGGGAAGACUGGCUCCCUGCAGCUCUCGAGGAACGUCGCCGUCAGCGGUGCGAGCGGCGCGCUGAACGGGGCGGGAGUUGAGGCUUGGCAGCAGCUGCUGAUGGCCGCUCAGAGUGCUGCGGGGGGUGAAGCUGCGGGAGGAGGAGCGCCCAACGCCACUGCCGUUGGUCAAAGAGGCGCCGCGCCGACACUAGAAACUCCCACGGAGUCGGCUGCUAAGUCGUGGGCUGUGCUUUCUCGUCUGUGA